CACGCUCGAUGCAUUUGCACACUAGUUCAAGAGAAAGGCCCAGAAGCUUUCAAGACAGGCAUUCCGCAUCAGCUUUUUACGAGCUUCCGGAUAUUUAUGCUUCUUCGGGCAAUUCAACAUCGAAAAGAGAGCUUCCUAGACGAGCCUGCCUGGAAGAUAGAGCCUUUCUCGUCCGAGCCGAAAUCUUUAAUGCAGAGUCUACUUGACCAGAUCGCUAGUCUACCAUCCCUUCUGCAGCGGCUUGACGCAAUCUCUAGUUCCAAUAGAGCUCAUCAGAACGAGGAAAUUAUAGCUCUGCACAAAGAUUUCGAUUCUCAGAUGCUUCGUCUCGAGGAAUGGGAGGCAAAUCUCGAAACUAGCUCCAAUUCUAGGCUUUUUUGGUGGCCUGUGUCAUCACUUUCGGACGACGAAACUAUUUUUCCAAUCUCAUACGACUUUACGAAUAUCCUGGCAGCCAACACGAUGUCUCAUUAUUGGAGCUUUCUCUUGGUCAUACAAAUCUCGAUAUCAACUCUACUAACCAUUUCUAAAGAGAAGGAAAUUAAUGUGACUUACCUCUUGAAGCACCAGGCUGCGAUCUCGCCAGAAAAGAGGGUGGAUCUCGCAAGAGAUAUCUGCCAGAGUAUGCGCUACCAUCUCCAACCAGAGAUGGGGUUGUAUGGCCCCGCCGCAACGCUAUUUCCCAUCAACGUGGCACUGCAGAUAUUCAGAAUGGAGAAUAAGACGAAAGAGGCUAUAUGGUGUGGAGAUUUCAUUUCCAAACUAGAAAUGAUGGGCAUACUACUUGCCUCGCAUAUCCCUUCGAUCGAAGCGAGGGUGGGGAGAUCUACAUAA